AGUACACUGUGCUUAUAAAACUCUAGCAGGAAGCUAGCAGCUGUCUCCAAACCCAGAGAAGGGGAAACAGGAAUCGAUUAGGAAUAAAGGAUUAUAAUCCACUUUCCUUCUGAGGAAAAGCUGGGAACCUUCUCAUUUUGCUUCAUGAAAACUAAGCUGAAUCGACUGCUGCCAAACAUCUAUUAAUUAGGCAAAAUUGGCCUCUUGCCCAUGAUUUGACUUUCCAGCACAGCCAGUUCUUUUUCUCCUCUGCAGCUGAUUGGCUCUGGAGUGUGGCCAGAAGCCUCUCUCCUGCAAUUAAAGGAGUCGGAUCUCUAACCGUUGAUCUGUUUGUUCUUUUCCCUUCUGGGCAAUGGAGCUUACCAUCUUUAUCCUGAGACUGGCCAUUUACAUCCUGACAUUUCCCUUGUACCUGCUGAACUUUCUGGGCUUGUGGAGCUGGAUAUGCAAAAAAUGGUUCCCCUACUUCUUGGUGAGGUUCACUGUGAUAUACAACGAACAGAUGGCAAGCAAGAAGCGGGAGCUCUUCAGCAACCUGCAGGAGUUUGCGGGCCCCUCCGGGAAGCUCUCCCUGCUGGAAGUGGGCUGUGGCACGGGGGCCAACUUCAAGUUCUACCCACCUGGGUGCAGGGUGACCUGUAUUGACCCCAACCCCAACUUUGAGAAGUUUUUGAUCAAGAGCAUUGCAGAGAACCGACACCUGCAGUUUGAGCACUUUGUGGUAGCUGCCGGGGAGAACAUGCACCAGGUGGCCGAUGGCUCUGUGGAUGUGGUGGUCUGCACCCUGGUGCUGUGCUCUGUGAAGAACCAGGAGCGGAUUCUCCGCGAGGUGUGCAGAGUGCUGAGACCGGGAGGGGCUUUCUAUUUCAUGGAGCAUGUGGCAGCUGAGCGUUCGACUUGGAAUUACUUCUGGCAACAAGUCCUGGAUCCUGCCUGGCACCUUCUGUUUGAUGGGUGCAACCUGACCAGAGAGAGCUGGAAGGCCCUGGAGCGGGCCAGCUUCUCUAAGCUGAAGCUGCAGCACAUCCAGGCCCCACUGUCCUGGGAGUUGGUGCGCUCUCAUAUCUAUGGAUAUGCUGUGAAAUAGUGUGAGCUGGCAGUUAAGAGCUGAAUGGCUCAAAGAAUUUAAAGCUUCAGUUUUACAUUUAAAAUGCUAAGUGGGAGAAGAGAAACCUUUUUUUGGGGGGGGUGGGCGGUUUUUUUGGUUUGUUGUUGGUUUUUUUUUUUUUUUUUUUUUUGGCGGGAAGAAAGAGUUUUGCUCUUGUUGCCCAGGCUGGAGUGCAAUGACGUGAUCUCCGCUCACUGCAACCUCCACCUCGCGGGUUUAAGCGAUUCUCCUGCCUCAGCCUCCCUAGUAGCUGGGAUUACAGGUGCCCACCACCAUGCCCAGCUAAUUUGUAUUUUUAGUUGAGACAGGGUUUCACUACGUUGGCCAGGCUGGUCUUGAACUCCUGAUCUCAGGCAAUCCACCCACCUCAGCCUCCCAAAGUGCUGGGAUGACAGGCGUGAGCAACCGCACCCAGCUUAAGGUUUUUUUGUUUUGUUUUGAGACGGAGUUUUCGCUCUUGUUGCCCAGGCUGGAGUGCAGUGCUGUGAUCUCAGCUUACCACAACCUCCACCUCCUGGGUUCAAGUGAUUCACCUGCCUCAGCCUCCUGAGUAGCUGGUAUUACAGGCAUGCAUCACCACGCCGGCUAAUUUUGUACUUUUAGUAGAGACGGGGUUUCCCCACGUUGGUCAGUCUGGUCUCAAAUUCCUGACCUCAGGUGAUCUGCCUGCCUCGGCCUCCCAAGGUGCUGUGAUUACAGACGUGAGCCACCAUGCCUGGCCUGAAACCUUUUUUAGGUAAAGUUGAAUUCCGUCCUUAAAAGUUUCUGUUAUAUCCUAUUUAGCCAUUUUCUAUUGUCUCCCAAAGAAUUCACAUCAAAAAAACGGCUUUGAACUCCCCCUUCAAAGGAAACAGUCAACUUUCAUAAUUAGCAUCUACCAUUAUCCCCAAAUCUUAUUUUAUUCAUUGACUUGAAAUUUUUUCCAAUUGCUUUUUUUUUUUUUUUAAGGUUAAGAGCAGAGGUUUACUAGGCCAAAGAAAGAGAAUAGCUCUCUGCUGCAGAGAGGGGUCCUGGAGAAAUGGGUUACCCCAGUUGUCUUAUUUAAAUGGUUACCCAUCAGAUUUUAAUUUUAUCUUCUCUUUGAGAACUUGGUAAUAAGAAGCACUUAAAUCACUCAAAAGAAGAUUUUAAAAAGGGAGCAGUGAAAAGGUCUUAAUAAUUUAUUGAUUGAAUUAAGAAAUACUAGCUAAUUAAGAAUCCGAGUCUAAACAGCACAGAUUUUUUCUUUUUGCUUUUAAAUUGUGUUUUAAAAAAAGAGACAGGGGGCUGGGCGUGGUGGCUCACACCUGUAAUCCUAGCACUUUGGGAGGCCGAGGCGGGUGGAUCACGAGGUCAGGAGUUCAAGACCAGCCUGGCCAACAUGGCAAAACCCUACUAAAGAUACAAAAAAAAAAAAAAUUAGCCAGGCGUGGUGGUGGGUGUUUGUAAUCCCAGGUACUUGGAAGGCUGAGGCAGGAGAAUCUCUUGAACCCAGAAGGCGAAGGUUGCAGUGAACCGAGAUCAUGCCAUUGUACUCUAGCCUGGGCGACAAGAGCAAGACUCCGUCUCAAAAAAAAAAAAAAAAAAAAAAGAA